GUCCUCGGUUUGCCAUCACUUCGCUUUACUGUCUAUUUUAUUCUCAGUGUGAAUGAGUUUGCGGCUUCUAGGGAGCGCUGUAAUGUGAAAAGCCGCAUUUGCACUAUUAGUACUCUCGCACUGGAAAGAAAAGCACGAGAGCGCGUUUCUUUUCUCUUCACAUCUCUAGUCAUAUCCUGAGAGUGGAUUAACACAUUUAAGUGCUACAACCAUGUCCAGGCCAGCGGGGGGCAAUGUUAAUGAUGUCACCCGCUUCCUGUCCACGGGGACGGGGCCUGGGUCACCAACCUCAGGGUUCUCCGCCUCCAGCCAAGCUGAUUGGGCGGCUAAGAGACUUGUAUGGGUGCCUUCAGAGAAACAUGGAUUUGAGUCUGCAAGUGUGCGCGAGGAGCGGGGCGACGAGGUGGAGGUGGAGCUUACAGACAGUGGGAGGAAGCUGACGCUCUCGAGGGAGGAACUCCAGCGGAUGAACCCGCCCCGAUUCAGUAAAGUUGAAGACAUGGCUGAUCUCACAUGCCUCAAUGAGGCCUCUGUCUUACACAACCUACGAGAGAGAUACUAUUCAGGACUCAUAUAUACAUACUCCGGCCUGUUUUGUGUGGUGAUCAACCCCUAUAAGAACCUGCCCAUCUAUACAGAAUCCAUCAUAGAGAUGUAUCGUGGGAAGAAACGGCAUGAGAUGCCUCCACAUAUCUACGCUAUAUCAGAGGCGGCCUACAGGAGCAUGCUGCAAGACAGAGAAGAUCAGUCCAUCCUGUGCACAGGGGAAUCCGGUGCAGGAAAGACCGAGAACACAAAAAAAGUGAUUCAGUAUCUGGCACAUGUGGCAUCCUCACACAAGUCUGGCACUCUGGGACGUCCCAAAGACAGCGCCCUACAGACGGAUGGUACGCGCUCUCUGGGUCGUGGCAGUAGCGCUGUGAACAGGACUGUGCAGUAUGGGGAACUGGAGAGACAAUUACUACAGGCAAACCCCAUUCUUGAGGCCUUUGGCAAUGCCAAAACUGUCAAAAAUGACAACUCUUCUAGAUUUGGCAAAUUCAUCAGGAUCAAUUUUGAUGUUGCUGGAUAUAUUGUUGGUGCUAAUAUUGAGACCUAUCUGCUGGAGAAGUCUCGAGCCAUUCGUCAGGCUAAAGACGAGCGAACCUUCCAUAUCUUCUACCAGCUCCUCUCUGGAGCUUCUGAGGCCAUGAGAAAGGAGCUUCUGCUGGGCAGUGCGGAUCAGUAUCGCUUCCUCUGCGGGGGCUCACUUCCUGUUCCGGGUCAGAGUGAUUCAGAAAACUUCACUCAGACAAUGGACUCAGUGACUAUCAUGGGCUUCACACAGGAAGAAUCCACUUCUAUGUUAAAGGUGAUCUCUGCAGUGCUGCAGUUUGGGAACAUCACAUUUCACAAAGAGAAGAACACAGAUCAGGCCUCAAUGCCGGAUGACACAGCAGCGCAGAAACUCUGCCACCUGCUGGGCAUCAGUGUACUGGAGUUCAGCCGAGCCAUUCUCACUCCCCGCAUCAAAGUGGGCCGCGAGUAUGUCCAGAAGGCUCAGACCAAGCAGCAGGCUGAUUUCGCAGUGGAGGCUUUGGCGAAGGCCACAUAUGAGCGUCUGUUCCGCUGGCUGGUGCACCGGAUCAAUAGAGCCCUGGACCGCAGACAGCGUCAAGGAGCCUCAUUCAUCGGGAUCCUGGACAUCGCUGGAUUUGAGAUCUUCCAGCUGAACUCAUUCGAGCAGUUAUGUAUCAACUACACUAAUGAGAAACUACAGCAGCUGUUCAAUCACACCAUGUUUGUAUUGGAGCAAGAGGAGUACCAGCGAGAGGGCAUCGAGUGGAACUUCAUCGACUUCGGUCUGGAUCUUCAGCCCUGUAUUGACCUGAUUGAGAGAUCGGCUCAUCCUCCUGGCGUCCUGGCAUUGUUGGAUGAGGAGUGUUGGUUUCCAAGAGCAACUGAUCGCUCAUUUGUGGACAAGGUGUCAGCUGAGCAGGGUUCACACUCGAAGUUCAUGCGGCCGAGGCAGCUUAAAGAAGAGGCUGACUUCUCCAUUAUACACUAUGCUGGCAAGGUGGACUAUAAGGCAGAUGAGUGGUUGAUAAAAAACAUGGAUCCGUUGAAUGAUAAUGUUGCGUCUCUCCUGCAUCAAUCAUCUGACCCCUUCAUCUCUGAGCUCUGGAGGGAAGAUAUUCAAACUCUUCCUCGCGUGUACUUUUUUGACUCUUAUGCCACACUGCAAACCAAUGGCACUGACAGCACAUCAGAUUGUGAUGUGAUGUUGGAGAGGAUUGUGGGUCUGGAUCAGGUAUCAUCUGGUGAGAGCAGUGGACCGGUGAGUUUUGGGGCUGCUGGGCUCAAGACGAAGAAGGGCAUGUUCCGCACGGUGGGACAACUCUACAAAGAGUCCCUCACUAAACUGAUGGCUACCCUCCGCAACACCAACCCCAACUUCCUGCGCUGCAUCAUCCCUAACCAUGAGAAAAGGGCAGGGAAGUUGAGUCCUCAUUUGGUUCUGGAUCAGUUGAGGUGUAAUGGGGUGCUGGAGGGAAUCAGGAUCUGCAGACAGGGCUUCCCGAACCGCAUCCCAUUCCAGGAGUUCAGACAGAGGUAUGAGAUCUUGACUCCAAAUGCUAUUCCUCGAACCUUUAUGGAUGGCAAACAGGCGUGUGAGCUAAUGAUCAGUGCUUUGGAGCUGGACAAGAAUCUUUUCCGGGUGGGACAGAGUAAGGUGUUCUUCCGGGCUGGAGUUUUGGCUCACCUGGAGGAAGAACGGGACUUGAAGAUCACUGACACCAUCAUCCGCUUCCAGAGUGUGGCCCGUGGAUACCUUGCCAGGAGGGCGUUCCAUAAGAAGCAGCAGCAGCUCAGUGCACUGCGUGUGAUGCAGAGGAACUGUGCAGCAUACCUGAAGCUCAGAAACUGGCAGUGGUGGAGACUCUUCACCAAGGUGAAGCCCUUGCUGCAGGUGACCCGCCAGGAUGAAGAGAUUCAAGCUCGGGAAGCACAGCUUCAGAAAGCCAAAGACAACCUGACUAAACUAGAGCAUGACUUCUCUGAACUGGACAAAAAAAACCAACAGCUGAUGGAGGAGAAGUCAGUACUGACUGACCAGCUGCAGGCGGAGGCGGAGUUAUUCGCAGAGGCAGAGGAAAUGAGAGCACGCCUGGCCAGUCGCAAACAGGAACUUGAAGAUGUGUUGGGAGAGCUUGAGAGCCGAUUGGAGGAGGAAGAGGAGAGGACCCUUCAGCUGACCACUGAGAAGAAGCGAAUACAGCAACAUGUGCAGGAUCUGGAGGAACAGCUAGAGGAGGAAGAGGGGACACGUCAGCGCCUCCAGCUGGAGAAAGUCACCCUGGAAAGCAAAGUGAAAAGUCUGGAGGCCGAGACCUUGACUUUGGGAGAGCAGAGAGACAGAUUUAGCAAGGAGAAAAAACAGCUGGAAGAGAGACUGAAUGAAGUGACAGAUCAACUCACAGAGGAAGAGGAGAAGGUGAAGAGUCUUAACAAGCUGAAAAACAAACAGGAAGCUGUCAUCGCUGAUUUAGAAGAGCGUCUGAAGAGGGAAGAGCAGGGCCGUCUGGAACAAGAAAAGUGGAAGAGGCGGAUGGAAGGAGAGGCAGUGGAGGCCCAAGAGCAGCUGUCUGACCUGAGCUUACUCGUCACUGAGCUGAGAGGCAGCGUGAGCCAAAGAGAGAAAGAGAUCACCACACUACAGUCACGGCUGGAAGAAGAGGGGGCACGUCGUGCAGAGGCUCAGAGAGCCCUGAGAGAGGCCAUGUCUCAGGUGUCUGAGCUCAAAGAGGAGGUGGAGAAUGAAAGAGGAAUGAGGGAGAGAGCUGAGAAACAGAGGAGAGAUCUGGGCGAGGAGUUAGAGGCUUUGAGGACUGAACUCGAAGAUACAUUGGACACUACAGCUGCUCAGCAAGAGCUCAGGUCUCGUCGUGAGGCUGAAUUAGGAGAGCUUCAGAGAUGUUUAGAGGAGGAGACCCGUCGUCACGAAGCCCAGCUGUCAGAGCUCCGCAUCAAGCACACCGCUGCUAUAGACUCCCUACAGGAGCAGCUGGACAACGCCAAGAGAUCUCGUCAGUCUCUGGAGAAGACGAAGGCCAUUCUGGAGGAGGAGCGCAUGAACCUGAGUUCUGAGCUGAAGACUUUACAGGGAGGGAAGAUGGAGAGCGAGAGGGGCAGAAAGCGAGCAGAGGGACAGUUACAGGAAGUCAAUGCACGCCUUGCACAGGCUGAGAGAGAAAGAGAGGAGCGAGAGGAACGACUCGGUAAACUCCAGUUGGAGCUUGAGUCUCUCUCCAGUUCCCUAUCCUCAUCUGAGUCCAAAUCUCACCGCCUGAGUAAGGAGGUCAGCAGUCUGGAGAGCCAACUACACGAUGUGCAGGAGCUACUGCAGGAAGAGACACGGCAGAAGUUGGCACUGGGCUCACGUGUACGUGCUUUAGAGGAAGAAAAAGCUGGAUUGAUGGAGAGGCUAGAAGAGGAGGAAGAGAAGACCAGAGAACUUACACGUCAGAUUCAGAACCAUACACAACAGCUGUCUGAUCUAAAGAGGCAGACAGAGGAAGUGAAUUCAGCGGUGGAGGCCGGGGAGGAGGCCAGGAGGAAGAUGCAGAGAGAGCUGGAGAAUGCCAUACAGAGAGAGAGGGCAAAAGAAGAAGAGAAAGAACGCAUCGAGAGACAGAAAGAACGGCUGAGAGAAGAGAUAGAGGACAUGACUAUUGCUUUACAGAGAGAAAGACAGAACUGCACUGCACUGGAGAAGCGGCAGAAGAAAUUUGAUCAGUGUUUGGCAGAGGAGAAAGCAGUUAGUGCUCGGCUGCUGGAGGAACGGGACCGUGCAGAAGCAGAGAGUCGAGAGAAAGAGACGCGUUUCCUGUCUCUCUCUAGAGCCUUGCAGGAAGCAACAGAGCAGAGAGAUGAGCUGGAGAGAACCAAUAAGCAGCUCCGCCUGGAGAUGGAGCAGCUCGUCAACGCCCAAGAUGACGUGGGCAAAAAUGUGCAUGAGCUAGAACGUUCUCGACGGGCUUUGGAAACAGAAGCCCAAUCUCUGAAAGAACAGACCCAGGAGCUAGAGGAUGAGCUGACAGAGGCGGAAAACGCUCGCCUCAGACUGGAAGUCACCCUUCAGGCUCUUAGAGCUCAGUUUGAGAGAGAGAUCAGCACUAAGGAGGAGAAAGGGGAAGAAAAGAGGAGAGCACUCAACAAACAGGUGCGAGAACUUGAAACAAUGCUUGAGGAGGAGAAGACUCAGAGAGCUCAGGCUUUGACUGUCAAGAAACAACUGGAAACAGAGCUGCAGGAGGCGGAGUCUCAGGUGGAAGCAGCCAAUCGAGGCAGAGAGGAAGCACUUAGACAGAUGAAACGUCUCCAGACUCAGAUGAAGGAACUUAUUCGUGAGCUUGAUGAGACCAAGUUAGCUCGAGACGAGAUUGUCGCCCAGUCAAAGGAGAGUGAGAAACGGCUGCAGACGUUGGAAGCAGAACUAUUACAGCUGACAGAGGAGGUGGCUGUUUCUGAGAGGCAGCGGAGACAGGCCCAACUGGAGAGAGACGAACUGGCAGAUGAAAUCGUCAACAGUGCAACUGGAAAAUCAGCACUGUUGGAAGAGAAGCGACGUCUUGAGGCCAGAAUCAGUCAGCUGGAGGAAGAGCUGGAGGAGGAACAAAGUAAUGCUGAACUACUAGCCGAGAGGCAGAGGAAGAGCACCUUACAGGUUGAGACACUUACAGUCCAGUUAUCUGGAGAAAGGACGCUGGCGCAGAAGAGCGAGAGCGCACGAGAGACUCUGGAGAGGCAGAAUAAAGAGCUGAAAACUCGUCUCAGUGAGAUGGAGGGGGCCGUGAAGGGGAAACAUCGCCUCAGUGUCGCCGCCCUGGAGGCCAAGAUAGAAUCUGUGGAGGAACAACUGGAGCAGGAGAGACAGGAGCGAGCCAUGGCUAGUAAGCUGGUGAGGAAAACAGAGAAGAAACUCAAAGAAGUUCUGAUACAGGUGGAAGAUGAAAGGAGACACGCAGAUCAGUAUAGAGAACAGUUGGAUAAGUCUAUGGGGCGUCUCCGUCAGCUGAAGAGGCAGUUAGAGGAGGUGGAGGAAGAGAACUCUCGCUCCAACGCUCAGCGCAGGAAACUACAGCGAGAGCUGGAGGAAAUGAGCGACAGCAUGCAGAGCAUGAACCGCGAGCUCAACACUCUCCGCUCCCAGCUCAGCGUCACAGAACGGCAGAAGUCAGAACAGAGAGCUCCGCUCCCUAUCUCCAUGCGUGCUGGCCGCAGGGCUCUGGUGGAUGACCUUUCUCAGGAGAACUCUGAUUCUGAGGAUCCAGGUGCUUCUCCCACCCCAUCCAGCGGCCCGCCGGGUACCCCCACACCCUCAGACAACACCCUGGGCCCCCCUCCUCCCUACAGCCUCACAGAGACUGAAUAAGAAGGGGAGAGUGUGAUAGAUGGACAGUUUUAAUGGUUUAAUGCACAUAGCUUUUGCAAUCGUACACAUAACAGAACAUCCGUGCAGUCAGACAUAACUUGAACCUAGUUAAUGUGAUUUAUUGAUUUUAAAUGAACUGAUGAAUUAGCAUGCAAGAUGGAGAAAGUUUGAUGCAGUACUCUUUAAGUACUAUUUAAACCAAGCAAGCAGUUAGUAAAGACUGCAGUUUUUAAGUUGAGGAGAAAAGAAAACUACAUUUCCCAGCAUUCCUUGGGAAAUAUAAGUACUGUAUAUCUGUGCAGUAUAUCAGGCUUGUUGUGGCAAAAUUAUGAUGGCCAUCUCAAGCUCUCUCUAAAUCAAUCAAAAGCCAUGUGUUUAGGAGAAAUUUGCAUGUUGAUGGCAAUCAAAGGCCAUCGGGUAUUGCACAGAUGAUCGACGAUCAGGCUAAAAUGCAUCAUCUGUGCUUGCACAAGCCAUCAAACCCUCAAAGCACUGAGAAACGUUCUCUCUUUCACUCCUAAAAUAAUGUUAUGUUUUAAGAAAUUGAGAAUUGAACAGGUACAAGGAUGUAUCUUUGGUAUUUGGUAUUUUUGUUUAAAUUUAAAAGGUGAUAGCUCUACUUCAGAUAAAUAGACGACAAUACUAUUUGUUAUGCAUAAUUAGGCAGAGAUGAUGAUUAUGGAAGCCCAUUUCCACCCCAGUAAAGAAAAAAAAAGUUAACUGUAACUUAAAAUGUCACUAUCAUAAUUUUGAUUCUCAUAAUUGUGACUUUACAUCUCACAAUUUUGACUAUAUGUCACAAUCUCACAAUUGCAACUAUCUUUCUCAAUAUUGUGACUGUAUAUCUCGCAAUUUCAAGUUCUUUUCUCUCAAUCGCAACUUUAUAACUCACAAUGUGACCUUAUGUCUCAAAAUGUGACUUCAUAUCUCACAUUGUGACUUUAUAUCUCGCAAUUCCGAGUAUGUUUCUGCCAAUUGUGACUUUAUACUGUUUCUCACAGUGUGACUUUAUAUCCGUCAAUUAUAAUUUUCUUUUUAAAUAUUUUGACUUUGCAUCUCGCAAACAAGAUUGUUUUUCACAAUUGUGGAUUUAUAAAUCACAUUGUGGUCUUAUAUUUCAUGUGUGACUUUAUAUAUUGUAAUUACGACCUAACAUCUCGCAGUUGCGAAUUUGUUUCCACUAAUGUGACUUUGUAACUCACAGUUUGAUGUUAUGUCAAUAUGUGACUUUUUAUCGUACAUUAUGAUUUUUCGUAAUUGCAACUUUAUAUCUCACAGUGUUGUUGUAUUUUAAACUUUAUCUCACAGUUAUCUUUUUUAUCUUUUACUCUGAGGUAAAAAGGGGCUUUCAUAGAUGACAAUUUACAUGCACAAAGCUAUGAUUGUAUAAAACAAAGACAGAAAAGUGAGACUGAGAAAAAUGCUUUUCUAUUAAAUGAAUAUGCUACAAAUUUGAGCUGUCCACUAUAGCUUUUACAUCUUAGCCAUAACCUGACCAUAAGAAAAAAUGGUGGUGAUACAGAAAAAAAAAAACCUUAAAGGUCAAACAAAUACUGGACUUACAGCAGAAAACAAAAGAAAAGCAACCAAAGCUGACAGAUUUCACCUCCAUGUAGAUUUAACAGCAACAGUUCCUAGAUAUUUGAAAUAUACCUACUGUGAUCUCAUUCAAAUUUUAGUGUUCAGUUCAACUCCCUAUUAAGUUCAGGGUGUCUGUGCUGCAGAUCAGACCCUCUUAGAUACUGUGCGUAGGUAGUUAGGUAGCUCUAAAGGGACGCUUUUGUUGGUAGUGAUAUAGAUAGGUAGUUAGGAUUUCUUAAUUUAUGUCUUAACAUAUCGGCUCCAGUUUCAGAAUACUGACUUGUUGUAAUUUUUAUCAAGUAAGAGAAUUCCAGUAUGCAGUCUAUUUAUUUUGUUUUGUAUUGAUUUUUUUUUUGUCUGCACAUAGACAUGUCAUGGUUGUUGUAUAGUUUGCAUUUUUAAGUGAAAACAAGGCGGAAUGAAAGAUAUUUGGAGGGUAAGGAUGGGUUUACACUUAGCAGGGUAUCAGUCAGUAACACUGGACAGAAUAAAAAAAAUAAAAUAAAAAAAACCUUUUCGUUAAAUAAGCUGCAGUGGACCUCAAAGAAUAUGUGUUUGAGACAGUUUUGACACUGGACAAGAGUGAGAAGUCUGUUAUCAGGAUUUCUGAGUUUCUAUGACAUGGUGUGAACAUGGAAGAUAUGAACAUAUAAUAUCUCGUCUGUUUGUCCCAGGGGUUGAAGGCUGCUAGUUAUGACUUAUCUCAUUAUAUCAAUGUAACUUUUUUUUUUUUUUUUAUCAAAAGGACAUAUUGUAUUUUUUGUUUGUUUGUUCAUUUUUGAAUGUGGUAAAUAUUUAUGGAUCAAUGCGUUUGUUAGGGCAUAUGGAUGACUAAAGGGACAUUAUUCCAGCUGUAUGCAUGUCAACAGUGCCUGUAGUAUCUGCAGAAAACACAAAACUGAGUCCAUUGAAAAUCAGUGAACUAAUAAGAACGAGGUCUGGAAUUUGAUAAGGAAAUUGCAAUAUUAGGUCUCCCUGAACAGCAAUCUGACUCGCAUAUAUUUUUCACAGAUACUGUUUAGAUAACAGUUGUUGAUUGGUUCUGAGAUGUUUAUUUUAAUGGAUGAAUCCAUGACAAAUGAAAGUUUCCAUAGCCUUCGUAUAUAUGUAUGUAUGUCUCUAAUAUUUUAGAUAUGUAUGGUGAUGAGCAUUUUGAUACACUGCUCCUGGCUUACAUGCGCAAGUUUGUGAAUAAUAAUUGUUUGUCACCAUUAAGUUUUAGAGUAUAUUUAAGAUCUGUUAAGCCUGUGAAAUUACAGUUUGAUUCUCUGAUGCACUGAAGGGUUUAUUACACUGUUAUUACUGCAGUAAUUACUACCUGUGUGGUGCCGCAACAGUAUCUGUCCUGUAACUCGAAAAGCAGGAUUUUCAUAUUAGAUCAUCACUGUACGUAAAAUGUCUGUAAUAGGUUAAAUAGAUCAGAUUUUGAUACUUGAAUUGUUUUAAUCGCCCCAAUAUUGUUUAAUUUUAAAAUGUAGUGUAUGUUUUCAAUCCUGACGUCUAGAAUCAAGAUGGAUUUGUAUUCAGUUGAAUCGCAAACACAAGCCCAAAGACUCAAGCAUUAUACAAAAGAUUGUUUUUAUUCUGCUUAUUUGUCCAUUUUAGAACAUGUUCCUAAAUUACAUCUUCCUAUGAUUUGACUGUUUGCCUUUCAAGCAACUCAACAUUGCUGCUAAAAAAUGUGGAUUGUCACUGAGAAAUCAUUUGAAUUGAUUUGUACAUUUAGCAGACAGAUUUGCAGAGCUGUUCAAACUCAAAAAAUACAUUUGGAGAGCAUUCAAAUUCCUAAACCAGUAUUUCUCUGAAUCCUAAACUCAAGUGUAUUAAAUGAGUCUUGUUAUACUGAACCUGUGCUUUAUAAUGCAGCUUUGAUCCAGUGUGAGAUGAGUGCACAAUAGCAGAGAAUAUGUAUGAAAAGGAAUUAAAACUCCAGCGGAGAUACAUGUUUGUAUCUGAAGUGUUUCUGAAGAGGACUGUGUGCUUUUUUGCAUCUGUGGAACUUGAAUUUUUAACCAUGUUGCUUUGUUUUGCUAUAAUGAUAAAAUGAGACUGGGAUGAAUUUUAAUAUACCGUUGGUUUUGAA